CCAUCUCGUUUACACAUUUCCCAAUACUGUCAAAAUAAUACCACAUACAUACCACAAUGCACCAUCUUAAGAAACUUCAAGAGGUAAUUCGGCAUCAGACUUCGCAUCAGCAGCACCCUCCCGCGUCAUUCAAUACACACAUUCCCAAUACCGAAUCAUCUGCCUUAACUGAAAGAACAUUUCAAUACUUUUACUCGGAAAAGAACAACCAAUUUCAGGGCAAAGUAAAGUCCGAAAGUACUCUUGGUGCAGAGAAUGAUUUCGGAUAUGUAGUAUGGCCCGUCUCAAUAAUGCUUCAUGCCACAGCCGAUUGUCUCACUCCUCAGAGAAUAUCCCAAGCCGUCUCAGUGCAUCAAGAAUACUGGAACCCUGAACGCUAUGCAUUUUGCGCCUGGAAGAUGUUUCCAGGAAAUAAUGACAUUUAUUAUGAUGAUAAUGCUCAUGCGGUUCAAGCUUUCAUAUCUUCAUUUGAAGCGACGGGUGAGACCAGAUACUUGGACCAAGCGAGGGAUAUUUUAUGCAAUUUCAUAAUUCCAUCUGGACGACAUGAUGGAGGUAUUCCAUGGCAUAUCUCCAACGAUAAGGCUCGAGCAGCUUGUUCCACUGGGCCAGCCGCUAUAUCAGCCUUUAGACUAGCGAGAAUCACUCACAAUAAUGAUUUGAUAGCCUUCGGUUUACGAGCAUUAAAUUGGCUUAAACAAAACUUGCAAGAUCCCGAAGACAAGCUCAUAUGGGAUCAAUUGGCAUAUAAGGAUGACGGAUCGACGGAAAUAAAUAAAAUGAAAUGGACAUACAAUACCGGAUUCGCUAUUCACGGUUUCACCCUUGCAUAUGAAGCUACUGGCAACGAAGAACAUUUGAGAUCAGCAAUAGAAAUCGCGGAAGCGGCGCUAAACCCUGAAUCACCCCUAUUUGAUCACUGCAUUCCCGACACCUCCCAAAGAAUGCUCUCAGAUGGAUCGUUCUUCCUCCAUCAUCUAGUCGACGGUUAUGUCGCCCUUUCCAAGCAUACCCACACUCAACAACUUCGACAUGAAAUCCAUCGUAUUGCGAAUUGGGGAAGAGACUUCAUAUUAGACCCAGAGGAUCAAUUGUAUUAUCGCGGUAGUCGUCCGUAUGCAAUCUCUGAAGAUCAGGUGAGAAAAUUCAAUGAUAGGUUUGCUUUGAGCAAGACCCUGGAGAUCAAUGGACAGGAAAGGGAUGAACAGGGAAAUUUGUGCAAGACUAUGCUUGGAUGCGCGAGUUGGGCGAGAAUACUUCAUGCUGCGGAGACUGUCUAAGGGAGUAAUUGCGAGGAAGGAUAAGAACGUCCAUGAAUUUGACCAAAAUGUAUGAACGAAUCAAGGCUUUCAAGUGUACGCAGUUCAAAAUUUUUGCAUCAGAAGAGUAUAUUUUCAAUUACACCAUUUUAGCAUUCCGAUAAUCAUCAGAUGAAAAUUUAUAAGCGA